AUUGUAAUGUAAUGUCGUAUCGAGUGCUCACUGACUGUACUGUAUGUGUGAAUGAAGUAAAUAUAUGACAAUAAUAGUGAUUAUCAUUACAAUCGAUGCCUAAUCACUGCAAUCACUAGUACUGUACAGCCAUUCACUGCCACCACCACUACCACUACGACUACGACUACGACAACACAUAUCCAAUUGAUAUCCUAAUAAGUGGUGCGAAUUGAUUGUCUCAGCGAUGACUAUAUUGCCGAAGAAGAAGCAAAACAACAAGUCUUCGAGUGAGGAAUCGGUGGACACGGAAGGGCUGAAUGUGGGCGUAGGCUAUGAGCACUCGUACCCCAACUUCGGUCACAGUAGAGGCCACUCGCCUCAGACCAGCAGUCGAUGGACAGGAAUGAGUGGUCAGAGGAAUGAAGACAAGAGGAGUGCCAACGACUCGGAACCGCCCGACUCGGGGCCGCCCCUCUCGAAGCGACGCCUUCGCAGGAAAGGUAAGGGAGGGCUGACAGCACUGAACAGCUCUGUAGCCAGUGAUGUGGUGGUCGAAGUGGACGGCCAGAGACAGCCCGACACAUCCCAAGACAGGGACAGGUGUGGCGACACCAGUGCUCACGAAGUGGCGACCAGUGGUCACGAGUCCGUCACCAGUGAGUCCGCCAACGGAUACAACAGUGGCGACGAAUACGACGAGAAGUCGUCGCAGAUGUGGUCCAAAGAGGAAUGGGAUGAGAAGGAGAGGGCGUUCGCCAAACAACUCAAGAAGAAGAAUGCGUUUGUCAUCAAACAGAUGGGAGAGGACGGCGCCUGUCUGUUCCGGGCUGUCGCGGAUCAAAUAUAUGGUGACCAAGAAAUGCACGCUUCGGUUAGGAAGCUAUGUAUGGAUUAUAUGGCCAAAAACGGCGAUUACUUCUCGCAAUACGUGACGGAAGACUUCAACGCAUACAUAGAGCGCAAGCGACUGAAUCACAUUCACGGCAAUCACAUUGAGAUGCAGGCCAUGAGUGAGAUCUUCAACCGGCCCAUCGAAGUGUAUCACUACGGCUGCGAACCCAUCAAUAUAUUCCAGGGCUGCCACCAGACGGACAACGAGCCCAUCCGCUUGAGUUACCACAAGAACAUACACUACAACUCCAUAGUCAACACCCAGAAGGCCACCAUAGGUCUGGGCUUAGGUUUGCCCGCAUUUAAGCCCGGCUUCGCUGACAAGAGUCUGAUGGAGAAAGCGCUGCACAUCUCAGAGCAGCAACAGCUCGAACAGGCGAUGCUCGAGGACAAGAUCCGCGCCACGGACUGGGAGGCCACCAAUGAGGCCAUUGAGGAGCAGAUCGCUCGCGAGUCUUAUGUCGAGUGGUUGAAGGAGAAUGAGAUGCGCUCGAAGACCAUGAAGAAGUCGGCCUCCGCCACGUCCACCACCACCGGCACCAACACCGGCACCACUGCCGCCACACUCGACGGCUCCAAGAGUCCCAAUGGGUUGAGUCCGCGCUCCAGUCCCAAGGCGUCCGGCAGUGGAACCAAUGGAACCAAUGAGCGGAUUGUGCAUCAGAUGCCUAAUCACAAGGAGUUCAGUGUUAUGGAAACGGCGUCUUUCAUGCAUCAGUUGCCGCCACAAGUGUUCGGACUGAAGGACUGGACAGAGGACGACAUAUUGGCCAAAGUGUUGGCACAAUCGCAGGAGGAGUACAUCGAGUCGUUGAAGAGAGACUCGAAGAGUUCGCAGACGUCUAGCGCCGGAUGCAAAACACCGACCCCUUCCUCAUCAUCCACUUCUUCAUCGAACUCUUAGAACUUAAUUUAGUUUUAUUGUACUAAUUGUUGUUAAUUAUAAUUACUUCAUUCAAUCGAUUACUCAAUUGAUGUAAAUUUGUUGCAAAUACACGAUAUAUUUAAAUACUAAUUACC